CAUUUCUUUUCGUACUCCAGAUUCAGAAGGUGUGUUUGGUCGAGUCCCUCAGAGGAUCUUGGAUGAUGAAAGUGCUCAUGUGAUCACGUCUCAUGAAAACUCGCUGGAACUGCAAAAUCUGCUCCGUGUCUCAGAGAAUGCCUACAAGCAGUACCUCAAGUCGCGGUCAAACCCCUCGCCGGAGUCCAUCAGACAGGUUAAAAACGUAGUAAAACACCAGCCAGUGAGGUGAUGCGUGCCAAACGCUCUAAAGACACUCAGCUAGUGGACAAAUUCAGCAAGCAGAGAGAGGACCGAGCUGCAGAAAGCAGGCUGCAGCAGCCAAUCAACCCCACCACUACUGCUGACUGUGACAUCACAGAAAAGGAGGAGAGUGAUCUAAAUGGGGUGUUUUCAGAGGUGGUAGGUGGUAAAAGAAGAGGUCAGCAGGAAGAUGGUGAAGAACAACCAAAGACCAAGAAAAAAAGGCAGUCAGGCAAAGAUGAAGAGUAUUAUAUCCCUUACAGACCUAAAGACUUUGACUCUGAGAGAGGGUUGAGUCUCGGUGGAGAGGGCAGUGCUUUUGAACAGCAGGCCUCUUCAGCUGUCCUUGAUCUCAUGGGAGAUGAAGGCGAUCGCCUUAACCAGCAGAAAAAAAUGAUGAAAUGGGACCGUAAGAAGAAGCGUUUUGUGAGAGAAACGGGAAAAGAAGAUCAGAAGAAGAAGAUCAAAACAGACAGCGGUCAGGUUAUCAGUAACAAGAAGAACAGGAAGAACUUGUAUCCUUCCAACAAAAAGCUUCUCUGUGUGCCGCUCUCAAUGACCCUCUUCUCUACUCCUAGAGGUUCGUUACUUGAAAAAAGUAAUCGGAUUACAGUAACGCAUUACCCAUUUCUGCUGGCUACUCACAGGAGCACGUUCAGUGAGAGACUGAGAUUACCAAAAAGCACCACUGAACGACACAGGAAAUCAUUCCUGCCUGUGGCCAUCUCCUGGUACAACUCCUCCAUCUAAUACAAUUACACCCUUUUUAUACAUGCUCAGUAAAAGUACGGGGAAGUA